AUGGAUAUCCUCGGGAAGAAGGAGAGGAGAAGAUGGGAUAUGAAGGGCUUCAUGAAGAGGAACUGGCUGCUACUGGCCACCAUCGUCUCAGUGUUGCUGGGUAUUGGAUUAGGAGUGCUUGUGAGGGAGUAUGCCUCACUGUCUAACCUUGACAAAGCAUACUUUGGUUUCCCAGGAGAAAUACUAAUGCGAAUGCUUAAACUGGUCAUACUGCCACUCAUCGUCUCCAGCAUGAUAACAGGGGUGGCUGCUCUGGACUCUGAAAUGUCGGGCAGAAUUGGUCUGCGUGCUGUGGUGUAUUACUUCUCUACUACCAUUAUAGCUGUCAUUCUCGGUAUUACUCUGGUGAUGACCAUCAAGCCUGGAGUCUCGCAAAAUACAGAUAACAUUGACAGAGAAGGAGACACACCCAACAUCACUACCGCGGACACCAUGCUGGAUCUCAUCAGGAACAUGUUUCCAGAGAAUCUUGUUCAAGCAUGUUUUCAACAGUACAGGACACAGCGUGCAGAGAUCACACCUGAACCCCCCACGAAUACAACUACACCAACGUUUCCUCCCUUCACUACCAUUAUGACCACAGUUGCACAGAACCUUACCAAGGACUACAAGAUUGUGGGAACGUAUUCAGAUGGAAUCAAUGUGCUGGGUAUUAUCGUGUUUUGUGUGGCGUUUGGCAUCGUCAUUGGCAAGAUGGGAGAGAGGGGGCGGAUCCUACUGGAGUUCUUCGAUGCUUUAAAUGAAGCCACAAUGAGACUUGUCCAAAUUAUCAUGUGUUACAUGCCGGUGGGAAUACUGUUCCUGAUUGCCGCCAAAAUCAUUGAGGUAGACGACUGGGAUAUUUUCAAGAAAAUGGGCUUGUUCGUGGUGACGGUGCUUAGCGGACUAGCCAUCCAUUCUAUCAUCUUCCUCCCCCUGAUUUACUUUGUGAUUGUGAGGAAGAAUCCUUACACAUUUGUUCUGGGAAUGGCCCAGGCUUUGGUGACCGCCCUCAUGAUCUCUUCGAGCUCAGCCACCUUGCCUGUCACCUUCAAAUGUGCCGAGGAGAACAACAGGGUUGACAAGCGGAUCACCAGGUUCGUCUUGCCUGUUGGUGCCACUAUUAACAUGGACGGCACGGCGCUCUACGAAGCGGUCGCUGCCAUAUUCAUUGCCCAGCUGAAUGACCGCGACCUGGACGUGGGACAGAUUGUCACCAUCAGUGUAACAUCAACUGUCGCCAGCAUUGGUGCGGCAGGAAUACCCAAUGCUGGACUGGUAACCAUGGUGAUAGUACUAACUGCUGUUGGCCUUCCCGCAAGUGAUGUUACCCUCAUUGUGGCGGUAGACUGGCUGAUUGAUCGAUUCCGCACCAUGAUCAAUGUUCUGGGCGAUGCUUUUGGAGCUGGAAUCGUCCAGAAACUGUCGAAGCGUGAGCUGGAGAGGAUGGACUUGACCUCCGACAUGGACGUUGCAAAUCCCUUCGCCUUGGAGACUACCCUGGACGACGAGGAGUGUGAGAAGAAGUCCUACGUUAACGGGGGUUUCACCGUCGACAAGAGCGACGCCAUCUCCUUUACGGAAACCUCUCAGUUUUAG